AUGGGUUUUCAGCUGGAAAGGAAUAACCGAAGUUCCACUGUGGUGCUGCACUUAAGAAAAGUUCAAGGAACAUACAGAAGACGUGAGUUCUAUCAUGAAGCUUCACCGACAUUUUCAAAGGACAGUUAUUCUGCUUACCACUUUUUGUAUGGUGCUUUUUAUGCCACUAUCAUCCAUGACCUGGGGCUUCAUGAUGGAAUCCAGCGAGUUCUUUUUGGAAACAACUUGAACUUUUGGCUGCACAAGCUCAUCUUCAUAGAUGCCAUUUCAUACUUGUCAGGGAAGAAGCUGGCAUUGUCUUUGGACAGGUACAUCCUUGUGGACAUUGAUGAUAUAUUUGUGGGAAAGGAGGGGACCAGAAUGAACACCAAUGAUGUGAAGGCACUGCUUGAUACUCAGAAUCUUCUGCGGGCACAAAUCACAAAUUUUACAUUCAACCUGGGAUUUUCAGGGAAAUUUUACCAUACAGGAACUGAAGAGGAAGAUGAAGGAGAUGACUGUCUGUUGGGGUCUGUUGAUGAAUUCUGGUGGUUUCCUCAUAUGUGGAGCCAUAUGCAGCCCCACCUCUUCCAUAAUGAGUCAUCUUUGGUGGAACAGAUGAUUCUCAACAAAAAAUUUGCCUUAGAGCAUGGCAUUCCUACUGAUAUGGGCUAUGCAGUGGCUCCUCACCAUUCAGGCGUCUACCCUGUACAUGUUCAGCUUUAUGAGGCCUGGAAGAAAGUUUGGAAUAUUAAAAUCACCAGCACUGAAGAAUACCCACAUCUGAAACCAGCUAGAUACCGGCGGGGUUUCAUCCACAAAAACAUCAUGGUUCUUCCAAGACAGACCUGUGGGCUUUUUACUCACACAAUUUUCUACAAAGACUAUCCAGGAGGUCCUAAGGAGCUGGACAAGAGUAUUCAAGGCGGUGAACUUUUCUUCACUGUGGUCCUCAACCCAAUCAGCAUUUUCAUGACCCAUUUGUCCAACUAUGGGAAUGACCGACUGGGAUUAUAUACAUUUGUAAAUUUGGCUAAUUUUGUACAGAGCUGGACCAACCUGCGACUUCAGACUCUGCCUCCAGUGCAACUGGCUCACAAGUAUUUUGAGCUCUUUCCUGAUCAGAAAGACCCUCUCUGGCAGAAUCCUUGUGAAGACAAACGCCACAGAGACAUUUGGUCUAAAGAAAAAACCUGUGAUCGCUUACCAAAAUUCUUGGUAAUUGGACCCCAGAAGACUGGUACCACUGCUUUGUAUUUGUUCCUGGUUAUGCAUCCUUCCAUCCUUAGUAACUCCCCCAGCCCAAAAACCUUUGAGGAGGUACAGUUCUUUAAUAGAAAUAACUACCACAGGGGGAUUGAUUGGUAUAUGGAUUUCUUCCCAGUCCCAUCUAAUGUCACCACCGACUUUCUAUUUGAAAAGAGUGCCAAUUACUUCCAUUCAGAAGAAGCUCCUAAACGAGCUGCUUCUCUGGUCCCCAAAGCCAAGAUCAUCACCAUUCUCAUUGACCCAUCAGACCGAGCAUAUUCUUGGUACCAGCAUCAGCGAUCACAUGAAGACCCCGCAGCUCUGAAGUUUAGCUUCUAUGAAGUGAUCUCAGCCGGGCCCCAUGCACCUUCUGAGCUGAGAGCCUUGCAGAAGAGAUGUUUGGUCCCUGGGUGGUAUGCCAGCCACAUAGAGAGAUGGCUUGUUUAUUUCCCCCCCUUCCAGUUGCUAAUUAUCGAUGGGCAGCAGCUAAGAACGGAUCCUGCUACUGUGAUGGAUGAAGUACAGAAGUUUCUAGGAGUGUCUCCUCAUUAUAAUUACUCAGAAGCUUUAACGUUUGAUUCUCAUAAAGGCUUCUGGUGUCAGUUACUGGAAGAAGGUAAAACAAAAUGCCUUGGAAAGAGCAAAGGAAGAAAAUACCCUCCAAUGGAUUCUGAUAGCAGAGCAUUUCUGUCAAGCUACUAUCGAGAUCACAACGUGGAACUCUCAAAGCUGCUGCACAAACUGGGGCAGCCUCUGCCUUCCUGGCUGAGACAGGAGCUGCAGAAAGUGAGAUAG